CUUUUUCAGCACUAUAGUUCACCAGAUUUGACAACUUUCAGAGUAGGCCAUGGACUGGACGUCACAGAGUUUCCUGAUUUCCAGAAUCCUCGAGCAAUCUUUGGAAUAUUGAGGAUAAUGUGUGCAUGAAAAGAGUGAUGGUUCGGGCUUCUGUGCUCUCAUUUGGACAAAUCUCAUGGUUAACUUCAGCUCAAGUGGCACAUGCAGGAGAAAGUAUCAAACCAGAAGCAAUUUAUGAGGUUGGGGAGUUAUUUGAAUUUGGAAUCCAGCUCUCUUAUCUGCUUUUACUAUUAGCUUUGCUUGGGGUUGGAACUUUCUUUGUUAUUCGUCAAGUCCUAACGCGUAGAGAGCUCGACCUUUCUGCUAAAGAAUUGCAGGAGCAAGUAAGAAGUGGUGAUGCCAUUGCAACUGGGCUUUCUGAACUCGGUGCAGUAAUGCUGAGGAGAAAAUUUUACCCUGCUGCUACUAAAUAUUUACUUCAGGCAAUUGAGAAAUGGGAUGGUGAUGAUCAAGAUCUCGCCCAGGUUUACAAUGCCCUUGGCGUUAGUUAUGUUCUUGACGGGAAGCUUGACAAGGGAAUCAAACAGUUUGAAGCUGCCGUGAAGCUUCAACCAGGUUAUGUCACAGCCUGGAACAACCUCGGUGAUGCCUAUGAAAAGAAAGACCUGAAGUCAGCACUCAAGGCAUUCGAAGAAGUUCUACUUUUUGAUCCUAACAAUAAGGUGGCAAGACCCAGAAGAGAUGCCUUGAAGGAUAAGGUACAAAUGUACAGAGGAGUUCCCAUCAAGUCUAAGGAUGGAUGAAUCUACUAGCUACUGUCAUAAGAUUAUCAAUUUUUUCUUUCUUUAUAAAUUUUGUCAUCUUAAGCAAUGCUGAACUUUUCUUCCUCUAGUCAAUUUUUGUACCUUUUCCAAAAAUUACAUGUCCAGACUCGAACAUCCUUUGCUUUUAUAUCUGGAUGACUGAAUGUAUAAUUUUUAGAAAUUGUUAUUUUUUU